UUUCUUUUUACUGUCUUGCGCUGUCUUUUCUCUUACUCCCAUUCCAACUCCCGCUCCCUCUCCCGCUCCUGCUGGUCACCACCAUACUCUUCAACUACACAAGCACACACAACGCUAUUCGCUCUUUGGGAACCCAAUAUGGCUGGCCCUUCCAAACUCUCGACGCCACCGCCCCGAAGACUUGGUGUAGCUUAUAUGACACCUCCUUCGACUGGAAAGAGGGCAAUGUCAGAUGAGCUGCAGGUGAGCCGCAAACGCUUCCAGGCAGCUUUUGACGAGGUCGCUUCCUUUGGAGAAUCGGACACGGACACGGAGGAUAACUCAGAGAACAACUGGGUAAACCUAUCUGACUGGCAUUCCGAUAGCUCCAGCAACUGCGUAACGUCUGCCAAGUCACUCGACCCCCUAUAUCUUGUCACACCCAAGGACCAUGGCUCCAUGCAACCUGCCGACAAGCCCUUCGAUUUCAUGGGAUUGCCAUUGUCAAUUCGUCAGCGCAUCUACAACAUGGUACUAGUUGUCCCAGCCAUUAUCUGUGUUCGCCAAAAGCACGUGGCCUACAGCAAUGCAAAGUCGUCCUUGCUCUAUAUCAAGCCCGAAGAUCGUCGACUCCUCCCUGGCAUUGCAUACGCCCUGGCAAAAUUCACUGUGGACGGUACAAAAUUCCGGUACUCGCGAUUCUCCUCUGCCAACAUCAGCAUGCUUUGCGUAUCUCGCCAGAUCCAUUCAGAGGCAAAGUCAAUUAUGUAUAGUCAAAACAGCUUUGAAAUCAUCGCUCCAUUCUCCGAGAUGAGCCCAGCUGUCGACUUCAAGAUUCCGCUGUUUCCCCGCCACUACCAGAAGCUCGUCCAGCGUCUUGUAAUCUCUGUACGCGGAGGUUACUGUAUGCGAUGGCUUCUUUCUAGCGGUCACGGUCACGCUGAGGUCAAGAAGGCAUACCCUGCUCUUCAGACUCUAACGGUCAUCUUUGAACUGGAGAGUACGAACAGGGGCGUGGGCCGACGUUUGACUAAGGAAGACAACGAGCGUUGGGGACUAUACGUGAAGCGCCUCCAUGGGGUCUUGAACGAUGAGCUCUCCGUCGUCAAGAAUAUCCCCAUUUGGAUCAACAUGCGGGUUCUCUUCGACGGUGAACGAUACGUCGAGGCCCUGGAGCUGCAAAACAACAGCAUGACUGACGGCCCACUUCUCCGGACGGCAUCAGCCAACGGAAAACAAGACGAUGGUGAACAGGCCGCUCGUCAGGCCCUGAAGCUCGGUCUGCCUCAGGCCUUCGAGUUAUUCAAGAAGGGGGGUCGUUGCGAGCGAUCCUCCGCCGAAGUUCACUGA